UUGCGCAACACACGUUGCAUUGUGAGUUGCAUAGUUCCAAAACAAAAUGGAAGAUGGUUAGUUCCGGUCUUGACAUUUCGAAGAACAAGACCAGUGUUCGAAGAAAACACCGGAGAGCCUUCAAACGUAACUCAAACCGGCGUUCUCGCAGAAAAAGGAGUUUGCUGAGGUACUACAUGGUCGAUAUCACCGACAUGGAAUGGACGCCGGUUUCGUCGCCGGCCACAGAGGUCGCUGAGUGGCACAAACAGGAGCAAAUUGCUUAUUGGAAAUCGCGCGCUUUGAGUUUCGAAUAUGAGAAUAAAAUGUUGAUUAGACACCUUCGUAAUGUUUAUGCGAAGCAAACGGAGGAUUAUGCAAAUUAUGUGAAGGAGCAAGGACAAAUUGAAGAUAAGGAUUCGGAAACGAGGCCUAUUUUACCUACUGAGCCAGUUGGGAAAAAAAGGCGGGAAGAAAUGGAUAAGUUAUAUGGGAAAAAGGCAUCAAAGAUAAUGGGGAUGGAGACGGCCGUUCAGUUGAAUUACGACCUACAUUUGGAGGACGCUGGCAAGCUGGCGCAUUGGCCCCACACGCCUUUAAAUCUAAGAUUUGAUAAUUAGUUAUGCUAAUAAAGUUUGGUAUUAAUUUUGUA